AUGGGAAUGCCCUUUGAACCCAAAGAGUACACAACAGCUGCACCAACCCACCACAUCCACCCCAGGAGGUUAACAGACAGCCCUACCAGGACAACCCACCACAUCCACCCCAGGAGGUUAACAGACAGCCCUACCAGGACAACCCACCACAUCCACCCCAGGAGGUUAAACAGACAGCCCUACCAGGACAACCCACCACAUCCACCCCAGGAGGUUAACAGACAGCCCUACCAGGACAACCCACCACAUCCACCCCAGGAGGUUAACAGACGGCCCUACCAGGACAACCCACCACAUCCACCCCAGGAGGUUAACAGACAGCCCUACCAGGACAACCCACCACAUCCACCCCAGGAGGUUAACAGACGGCCCUACCAGGACAACCCACCACAUCCACCCCAGGAGGUUAACAGACGGCCCUACCAGGACAACCCACCACAUCCACCCCAGGAGGAUAACAGAUGGCCCUACCAGGACAACCCACCACAUCCACCCCAGGAGGUUAACAGACAGCCCUACCAGGACAACCCACCACAUCCACCCCAGGAGGUUAACAGACGGCCCUACCAGGACAACCCACCACAUCCACCCCAGGAGGUUAACAGACGGCCCUACCAGGACAACCCACCACAUCCACCCCAGGAGGUUAACAGACGGCCCUACCAGGACAACCCACCACAUCCACCCCAGGAGGUUAACAGACGGCCCUACCAGGACAACCCACCACAUCCACCCCAGGAGGUUAACAGACAGCCCUACCAGGACAACCCACCACAUCCACCCCAGGAGGUUAACAGACGGCCCUACCAGGACAACCCACCACAUCCACCCCAGGAGGUUAACAGACAGCCCUACCAGGACAACCCACCACAUCCACCCCAGGAGGUUAACAGACAGCCCUACCAGGACAACCCACCACAUCCACCCCAGGAGGUUAACAGACGGCCCUACCAGGACAACCCACCACAUCCACCCCAGGAGGUUAACAGACGGCCCUACCAGGACAACCCACCACAUCCACCCCAGGAGGUUAAACAGACGGCCCUACCAUCACAUCAACCUCUCUCUUCCCCCUGUGUAGGAAACACUGAUCAGAACCAAGAGAUACAGCAGUCUAGCUAGGGAGGCCUGUCCCGUACCACUGUAGGGGUUGGAGGUCAGGGCCCUAUACCACUGUAG